AUGACGGUGUUUCGCUUGAUGGACAACGACAAGAGCCACGCCCUGAGUUUCGACGAGUUCAACAACGGCCUCAAGGACCAAGGCCUGAAGCUGGAGGACGACGAGGUCCACGCCAUCUUCGAUCAGAUCGACAACGGGGGAUCCGGCACGAUCGACUACGAGGAGUUCCUGCGCCAGGUCCGGCCGCCGAUGAACGACGCCCGCAAGAAGGUGGUGGAGCAGGCGUUCCAGAAGAUGGACACGAGCGGGGACGGGACCAUCUCGGUCGAGGACCUCAGGAAGGUCUACAAUGUGUCCAGCCACCCGCAGUACCAGUCCGGGCAGAUGUCGGACGACCAGAUCAUCAAUAAAUUCCUGGGGAAAUUCGAGGAGCACGGGACCGUGGACGGCAAGGUGACGAAGGAAGAAUUCCUGGAUUACUACAGUGGGAUCAGUGCAUCGAUCGACACGGAUAUUUACUUCGACCUCAUGAUGAGAAACGCCUACAAACUCUGAGUUUCCUCUCAUAGCCUCGCGAAUUUUCUCCCAUCCAAAUUUUUAUUCCCUGAAAUCACUUUCCUUUUCGUCUUUGUGAGUGCUUUCAAAGCUGUUUGUGUCGUUUGUGUCCGCUAUAACUCGUCUGCAUCGUGCGUCUGUCGCAUUGCGAAAUGAUUCAGCCGUGCCUUGCUUUCCGUCCCAAUCGAUUUUUUAAUGCUCAAAUUCAACCAUAUUCAUGAGAAUCGGAGUCCCUUGGUGAUACCAUGCCUGAGAUCAGAAUAAAAUUCAUCCCUAGCGAAAAUA